AUGCAGCCCUCGGUGCCCGGGCCCCUGGCCUUGCUGGAUGCCACAGAAGGGUUUUCGAAGAGGAAGAAGACCUCCCUUUGGUUUGUGGGGUCUCUACUCGUGGUGUCUGUCUCCAUCCUGACCAUCGGCCUGACUGCCACCACCAGGACAGAGAAUGUGACCAUGGGGGGCUACUACCCAGGAAUCAUUCUGGGCUUCGGAGCUUUCUUAGGAAUUAUUGGCAUCAACCUGGUGGAGAACAGAAGGCAGGUGCUGUUCGCGGCCAUCGUGUUCAUCAGCUUUGGCGUGGUGGCGGCCUUCUGCUGUGCCAUCGUGGACGGCAUGUUUGCAGCUCGGCACAUAGAGCCCAGGCCCCUCACUGCGGGAAGAUGCCAGUUUUUCGCCAGCGAGGUGGGCUAUGUGCACGACACCUACCAGACGGAGGUCACCUGUCACUCCUUGAAUGGCCAGUGUCAGCUGAAGGUGAGGAGCAGCACGUGCUACUGCUGUGACCUCUACAACUGCCAGAGCACUGAACACCCUCCUGCCUAUUAUGAGUUCGUGGGGGUGCAUCGCUGCCAGGACGUGCUGCACCUGUACCGGCUGCUCUGGGCCUCGGCACUGCUGAAUGUCCUGGGUGUGCUCCUAGGCAUCGUCACAGCAGCAGUUCUGGGCGCCUUCAAGGACAUGGUCCCUCUGUCCCAGCUGGCCUACGGCCCGUCUGCUCUGCCUCAGAUCCUCUACAACCCCGCCCAGCAGAUCCUGGCCUACACGAGCUUCUGCCCAUCGCCCGCGACCCUCCCCACCUGCUCGUCCUACCCUCUGCCUCUCCAGCGCUAUGGCUGCUUCCCAGCCUCGACUCCCAGGGACCCCCCUCUGUCUGAGGAUGUGCAGCCUCCCAACACACCACCUCUCUGUGCUCCAGCCCACUUCCUCCCAGGGGAGAAGCCCUGCCCCUACACUCCAUGA